CUGGAGUCCGUUCUCAACGCGAUCGGUGGAUUUUAAAGAAGCGUCACUAGAGACAGAGAGAGGCGGCGACUCUUGGGAUAAAUCAAUCACAGUAUUAUUAUUUUGACUCUUGUUUGAAUCUGCGAGAUUUGCUUCGCCGAGGUCUCUGAUUUUUUUACAAUCCCGGUGUCCGUCUCCUUCAGAUCUUUGCUUCUCCGAUUUUUAGGGAGUUUUUGUUGAAGACUCUGCUCCAACAUGUCUGGAAGGAAAGAAACGGUUUUGGAUUUGGCUAAGUUUGUGGAUAAGGGUGUGCAAGUUAAGCUUACUGGUGGUAGACAAGUUACUGGAACUCUAAAAGGCUACGAUCAAUUGCUCAAUCUUGUUCUUGAUGAAGCAGUAGAAUUCGUUAGAGACCACGAUGAUCCUUUGAAGACUACUGACCAGACAAGACGCCUUGGUUUAAUUGUUUGCCGUGGAACAGCGGUCAUGCUUGUCUCACCAACCGAUGGCACUGAAGAAAUCGCUAACCCAUUUGGUCAACCAGAAGCUGUCUAAAUACGACUUUCUUCCCAAACAUUAUGUCUCUCUAUUAGUUUAACUUGGCCAUUUAGAGAGAGUAUUUUGUAUCUGACUAUCUGGUGUGAUGUUGGAAACAUAUAUGUUCGUUCAAUUUAAACUAUUUGGAACAUCA